AUGAAAAUGGUCUCUCAACCGCUUUCGCCAAUAACGCCGUCUGCAGCCUCGUGGUGGUCGCUCAUGGACGACGAACGCUUUGACGACGUAAAGUCAAUCAACCUUGAUCGACUGCCAGGGUCACCGUCAACCCAGCCAGCCACAAAGAGCAGCUUGUGUGCAAUGGCCAUCGCUGAAAGCUCUUCUGACGAAACGACACUUGCUAGCUUUGAUGAUGACGAUGACAAACGAGCUUGGAAGUCUCCAAAAGAUGCAGACAAACGGGUUGGUCAGCAGUCUCCAAAAAAGGUUCAGUGGCAACAUCCAAUUCAAAAAACACUUCAGUUCCAUAAUAACCAUGACUGCACUCCUUCAAUUCGAGAUGCAACUGACAAGCUGCUUGAUUUGGUCGAAGGUAGCGCCUGCAAGUUCAAUACCAAAAAAUCUGAAAGCUCAAAACGGCUAGAAAUCCUCGAAAGUAACGUAUUGGAAAACAAAAAAUCAGCUGUCUGGGAUGCUGUCGACGAUAACUCUAGAAGCGAGAGUCGCAAUCACCCAAAGAGAAUUUCCUUUGUCAAUGGAUCCUUUGAUUUCAAUCCAGACCAUGGGAAGGGCGUAGCAUUUAGCUCAGACGAUCGUUUCUUUGACCUGGAAGAUGAGCUGGGCAACAUUCGGCAGCAAAGAAGUACCGGUUCUGAAUUUUUCUCCAAAUACAAAGACUGGCUGAGGGGAUCAGGAUCUGUGUUUGAUCGAGAAACCCCAAAUUUGGAAAGGGAAUACAGGCAUUCGAAAAAUUGCAAAAGUCUAGCUGCAGAAAUUGUAAUUCGAAGAUAUAAGAAGAACGAAUCCCACCCGGCUCUUCCGCCAGACAUAAAACGCAAACCCCACAAGACAGGGUCGAAGGCGAACAAAGCUGUCCCAGAGACCGUCAACAUCUCUCCGAAAACAGAAGUAAACCUCCGUUCACUUCAUCAAGUGUUCAGUGGUCUUACUCCAAGUCCUGGAGGGAGAAAGUGUUUUCACGACGAAUCAUUCGCAGAUGAAAAGAUCCCGAAAACCUGCAUGUUGUCAAUUUCACCUGUCCUCGCUUCCAAGACGCGCAAGAUUUUUAAAAGACUUGCAUUUGCCCACUCUGCAUCAACAUUGUCAACAUCCAUGAUGACUGGAGAAAGUCGACAACUUCAUACUCCGGAAAACAAUCUUGAAAAUUCUGCAAAAGCUAGUUUUUACUUUGCAGACAACAGAAACUCCUACGUGGCUUACUUCCAAAGAGGCGAUGACGCUCAUAAGUGUGUUGACCUCUACGAGCAGCCAUCACCUUCAAUUUUCCCAACUCUCGAGUCUGAAGUUGUCGUCCGCAUUGAAGCGUCAACAAUUUCAAAAGCAGACUGUUUUGUUCGAAGUGGCUUAUGGUGGGGAGAGGACAGCAUGUCGAAACUCACGCUCCCUAUCGUUCCAGGUGUUGCCUUCUGCGGAAUCGUACACCAAAUUGACAAAAGGCGUCAUCGAAGCGGUUUGAAGAGAGGUGACCGAGUGAUUGCUCUUGUACGGGUUGGGGCUAACGCUCGGCAUUUGUGCGUCCAUACUGAUCGAGUAAUAAAAGUCGCAACAGAUCUGACAGAUGUGCGAUCACUGGCUUGUCUUCCCGAAGUGUAUCUCACGGCAUUUCAGUCGCUAAAUAUUAUUCGCAAGAAUUCUUGUCGCUAUCGUUCGUCUUCAUUGACAGGCAAAUCUAUUCUGGUACUCGGAGGGGAAACCUUGCUUGGUCGAGCAGUCCUUGAGCUGGCGUGCGCUUCCAACGCAGCCACUGUGUACGCCACGGCACCAAAGAGCCAGUUCAAUCUUAUUGAACAAUGGGGGGCCGUUCCUUUGGAAGAGAAUCCCCAUCAUUGGUUUUCCCUGCUCAAAGGGCGCCUAGACAUGCUUAUCAGUGUCAAGGAUUCCACAAGCGAUGAAUCGGAGCUCAAAUCUGAGCACGCACAAGCACUUAACCGAAAGGGUAUCAUUGUAGAAGUCGGAAAGCCUGAGCGAAAGGAACGAUUGAUGGUUUCCCUAGACAAUCUCGAGACUUGUGGUACUGAAAUGGAUCGGAAGCUUUAUCACUACAAUGUGUUUGAUGCCUGGGAGAAAGACCCGAAACAAGCUAAGCGCGACCUGUCCCACCUCUUGAACAUGUUGCAAAAGGGGUUCAUCCGGCCCAAGAUCCUCAAAACUGUUCCUUUAAGUAAAGUUGCCAUGGUCCACAACUUUCUUGAAAGUAAGUGCCGAGACGGAUUCAUGCUUUGUGAGCCUUGGGCGAAUUCAGCGAGGCGUGAAAUUAGCACCUCGGGAAUUGGUUUUCACGGAGAGUUGGCUAGCUUUCCUGUUGGUGACGGCCGAAAAAGAAAAAAAAAUAUAACAGAGUCACAGCGAGUCGCCAUCUGA